CAGUUGUCAGAAAAGUCACCAACUCCAACCCCCUGGUUUACUUCUACCUUCAUUUCUCUUUAAUGUCGAAACCCUAAUUCCACUCCUCAUCUCUUCUUCUGCUUCGCGCGAACUCACUCUUCGACAUGAGCUGCGCCUCAAAUCAGCCGCGAUUAUGUCGGUUUACAUGCUUGCAAUUAGUUCACCAGCUCUAAUUUGUUGGAUUUUGCUUUUUGAUUGCCGUUGAUUCAAUUCUGAGAUAGCGAAAGCUUGAUGGAAUUCAAGCUCACAGUCCACGCACAGGCUCUCAAGCUGCUGAUUUUUUGCCUAUUGCUUCCGCUCAGAGCUUCCAACUCGGGUAUCAACGAGUCCGUUGCGGCCACUGUUAUAGAGCCUUCUUCAAAUCAAACUGAAAGCAGAGCGCUAUGCCUGCCUGGUUGGAGUAUCAACCUAAGCAGGACUAAGUGUGUUAGAUACAAUGCAAGCAAUGAAUCGUGGGAUGAAUCUGAGAAGAAAUGCACUUCUUACGGUGGGCAUCUAGCAGCUGCUACAUCAUUGCAAGAACUAAAUGAGCUUCAGCAGUUGUGUAAUGACAGCUCCAGUGGUUGCUGGAUUGGCGGGAGAUUCAUCAGUGGAGGUUGGAAAUGGUCUGAUAAUACAUCAUACUUAAAUUCAUCUAUCAUGCCAACCCAGUUUGAUUGCACCAAUCAGUCUUGCUUGAGCAGCAAUGUAUCCAGUCUGUGCACAUUGGUCAUGAAUAAUGGAAGUGCAUUGCUCAUGGCUCAAGGAUGCAAUGGACUGCAUGCAUCCCUGUGCAUGCUCGAUUCGGAAAAUAAAUGUCGGGGAAUGCAUUGCCACGAGGAAUAUCUUAUCAUUCUUGCUGUUGUGAGCGGUCUGAUCUUUUUCACUACCCUGGCUGUUGUAUUAUGGCUUCUUGUAUAUCGACGUAAUAAAAGGCGCAAAAGAUCUCGCAAACUGUCCAAUCCGGCAGAAUUGGCAUUAGUUACGCCUCCAUGGAAAGUGUUUACGCGUGAGGAGCUCAAAUCAAUUACAAAGAACUUCAGUGAAGGGAACCGUCUGCUUGGUGAUGCAAAAACAGGUGGAACAUAUAGUGGACUUCUACCUGAUGGCUCAAGGGUAGCAGUGAAAAGGUUAAAAAGAUCAAGUUUUCAGAGGAAAAAGGAGUUUUAUUCUGAAAUAGGACGGGUUGCUAGACUGCAUCAUCCAAACCUUGUGGCUAUUAAAGGAUGCUGUUAUGGUCAUGGUGAUCGUUAUAUUGUGUAUGAGUUCAUUGCGAAUGGACCUUUAGAUAGAUGGUUGCACCAGGUUCCCAGAGGUGGGAGGACAUUGGAUUGGGCAAUGCGAAUGAAGGUUGCUACGGAUCUUGCUCAAGGAAUAGCGUUCCUCCAUGACAAGGUGAAGCCACAGGUGGUGCAUAGGGACAUCCGUGCAAGUAAUGUUCUUCUCGAUGAAGACUUCGGUGCCCAUCUCAUGGGAGUUGGUCUCUCAAAGUUUGUUCCAUGGGAGGUGAUGCACGAGAGGAGAGUCAUGGCUGGUGGCACUCACGGAUACCUUGCUCCAGAGUUCGUCUACAGAAACGAGCUCACAACAAAGAGCGAUGUAUACAGCUUUGGGGUACUCCUGCUCGAGAUCGUCAGUGGACGCAGGCCUGCACAAGCUGUUGAUUCUGUAGGUUGGCAAAGCAUCUUCGAGUGGGCCACACCGCUAGUGCAAUCCCAUCGCUAUCUGGAGCUUUUGGAUCCCGUGGUAACAUCAUCUUCUACAUCCGUAAUACCAGAGGCCGGAACUAUCCAGAAAGUUGUGGAUCUUGUAUAUUCUUGCACUCAACAUGUACCAUCGAUGCGCCCUAGGAUGUCCCACGUUGUCCAUCAGCUACAGCAGUUGGCGCAGCUACCUUCUUUGAAAUAAGUUUGGCUACAGCAGUUGGCGUAGCUACCUUGUUUGAAGUAAAGCUCAAUCCUCUUAUAUAUGAAGUUGCUUCACAUAGUUUUAGAACAAUAUAGGAACUUUGCGCUGAUAUUAUUAUAUAUAUAUAUAUAUAUAUAUAUAUAUAUAUAUUGUACUCUUUAACUUUGGUAGCUAGAGUUGAUUCAAGACGUUUAAGCUGAUUUAUGUAUUAUGAUAGACGAUGGUUUCGUUUCCUUUUGGCCCAAGUUUUUUUCUUGAAAUAUCAUAUACGUAUGCUCUCCUUA